AGUAAAAGUUUAUCAUAGCAACAGUGAAUUUACAACACACUAACUGAGCUUAAAUACAAAACAGAAACAAUAAAACACGCUGUAAAUAACGGAUGAAUAAAUUAUGAACUCUCAACAAUUCGAUAAAGAAGUACAAGAAAGUGGCUUUGAAAUAAAGAAACUUUGCCGGGAGGGACUGCUAUUUUCUUCAUAUAACUUUGAUCUUGAAAAAACAGUUACAAGCGAUGUUCUUCAAAUUUAUUCACCUGAUGAACUGUAUGAGAAAGCUAGAGAAGCUGAAAAAAAAUUCGAUGAAAUUAUUUCUGAUGCCAUGGAACAAAACAGACUUCCUCAAUACCUAAGUAACCUGAUGCAAGACUGGAAAACUGAAGCAGAAAUUGUCUUCAAGCAAUAUGAUGAUAUUAUUGCCGAACUCAACCAUGAUGUAGAUACGCAAGAUAUGGAUUACAGAAUAAGAAUUGAAAAUUAUUGCAAUCAACAUGAAGAAAUAAGAAAUAAAACUGAAAAUUUAAUUUUAGAGCUUAAUAAAACAGGAAGAGAUGAAGUUAGUGCAACAAGGAAUUCAAUAAUAAACCAUUCGAAACGGAUAUCAGAUGAGUUGUGGAAUAAAAAUGGUUCCUCGUUGGAUGAAACAUCAGCUGAUAAGCCUUUUGACACAUAUUUAUGGAAAACGCCCACUGAAAUGCUUGCAUUGGAACAGCUUGAAGAUGUAUUUCUGAUAGAGCAGAAAGAUACUACUAAUUUAAGAAUUGAAUUUUUGUCUAAAAUUUGUAAAAUGAGAAGCAAGCUUGAAGUAGACAAAAUGAACUAUAAUCUGGACAGACAAAUCCUAGAGCAGGAAAUUUUUGACAUGAAACAAAACUGCAAUUCUAGUGUGCCAGCUAUUGCAAAAAUGAAAAGGAAAUGCUUCCGUAUGUUGGAUAAAAAAGAAAGACUAGUCACAGAACUCAAGAGUUUAAAUGACUUGAUAAAGAAGGAACAAAAGUUGAAAGAGAAAAUGGCGAAUAAAAAUAACGUUAUUCUGCAAAAGGAUUAUGAAGUUAAACAUUUGGAAAAAAGGAGAAAAAUAUGCGAUGUGACGAAACAUGAAAUGCGGAAGUUAUUCUUUGAUAUUUCUAAGCAGGAAAGAUUUCUUUUUGAAAAUGUUUUACAGAUUUCAAUGAAGACGAAUACCUUGUUUGACCAGAAAAAGUUCAACGCGUCUACGGAAGUGGAUUUUGAAGAAUGCAUGUCUGAAAAAUAUUGGAAACAAAUUUUAGAUGAAAUAAGAAAUGCUCUUGACUUAGAAAAAUUUCACAAUGCUCUGCUGAGUUAUUGGGAAGAACUACAGUGUUGCAAUGAACUACUGGUGCAGAACCAAGAAUCAUCAACUCUCUUAGGAGAACUUAAAGUUUUGAUGGAAAAUUAUCUAAUUGUGAGGAAAUCUUAAUAUUUAUUGAGCAUUGUAUAUAUAUAUAUAUAUAUUAAAAAAACAUUUAAUAAUUUCACUUUUUUA